GCGCGGUUCCCACCCUCCCUCUCGCGAGGCCUGGAGUUUGAGCGAGAGUUGGCGGAAGAUGGCGCCUGUUGUGACAGGGAAGUUUGGGGAGCAACCUCAACCCAAACGCCUUACCAGAGAAGCAAUGCGAAAUUACCUUAAGGAGCGUGGUGAUCAAACUGUACUAAUUCUACAUGCCAAGGUAGCACAAAAAUCCUAUGGAAAUGAAAAAAGGUUUUUCUGCCCUCCUCCAUGUGUGUACCUAAUGGGCAGUGGAUGGAAGAAAAAGAAAGAUCAAAUGGAACGAGAUGGUUGCAAUGAACAAGAAUCACAGCCAUGUGCAUUUAUUGGGAUUGGAAAUAGUGAUCAAGAAAUGCAACAGCUUAACUUGGAAGGAAAGAACUAUUGCACAGCCAAAACAUUGUACAUAUCUGACUCCGACAAGAGAAAGCACUUCAUGUUAUCAGUAAAAAUGUUUUAUGGUAAUAGCGACGACAUUGGUGUCUUUUACAGCAAACGGAUCAAAGUAAUCUCCAAACCUUCUAAAAAGAAACAGUCCUUGAAAAAUGCUGACUUGUGUAUUGCAUCAGGAACAAAGGUGGCAUUAUUUAACCGACUUCGUUCACAGACUGUCAGCACACGGUAUUUACAUGUAGAAGGAGGGAACUUCCAUGCCAGUUCACAACAGUGGGGAGCGUUUUACAUCCAUCUAUUGGAUGAUGAAGAAUCAGAAGGAGAAGAAUUCACUGUGCGGGAUGGAUACAUUCAUUAUGGCCAGACAGUGAAACUAGUGUGUUCUGUUACUGGGAUGGCACUCCCUAGACUGAUAAUUCGUAAAGUGGAUAAACAGACAGCAUUAUUGGAUGCAGAUGAUCCAGUUUCUCAGCUCCAUAAGUGUGCAUUUUACCUGAAGGAUACAGAAAGAAUGUACCUGUGUCUCUCGCAAGAAAGGAUAAUCCAGUUUCAAGCCACUCCAUGUCCAAAAGAACCAAACAAAGAAAUGAUAAACGAUGGAGCCUCUUGGACAAUCAUAAGCACAGAUAAGGCUGAGUACACAUUCUACGAAGGGAUGGGGCCUGUACAUGCACCAGUGACACCUGUACCAGUUGUAGAAAGUCUUCAGCUGAACGGAGGUGGGGAUGUGGCAAUGCUGGAGCUCACAGGACAGAAUUUUACUCCAAAUCUACGAGUUUGGUUUGGUGACGUAGAAGCCGAGACCAUGUACAGGUGUGCAGAGAGCAUGCUCUGUGUUGUUCCAGAUAUUUCUGCAUUCCGAGAGGGUUGGAGAUGGGUCCGUCAGCCAGUCCAGGUUCCAGUCACUCUGGUUCGAAAUGAUGGGAUUAUCUACUCUACCAGCCUUACUUUCACAUACACACCAGAGCCUGGGCCACGACCACAUUGCAGUGCUGCUGGAGCCAUUCUUAGAGCUAAUUCCAGCUUGAUGGCAUCCAGUGAAUCGAACACAAACAGUGAGGGAGGUUACACAACUGUCAGCACAAACUCAGCCAUUGUCACAUCAUCAGCAGCGACUGUAGUCUCCUAACUACUGAAGUGGUUUAAAGACAGUCACCAACUUUGGGAAAGGAGAAGACACAAAACUUUAUAAUUGCUACAAAAAAAACAUUCUUGUGGUAUUCUGGAAGUCACCUCCUUGUUCAGAUGAUGGAAAUGUCAUUCAAGCAUAAUAAUCUGCAGGAGGUGUUUACCACAGAAAGACAAAAUCCACCGGAAUAUGUAUAAAACUUUAUAAAAAGCUAAAAUGAAAAUCUAUUUUUCCGCUGUUUAAAGUGUGGGCAAGAUAUAAUGAAUUUGGGUGGGAUGGAGGUAAAGCAGACUAGAGAAUGCAUAAAAAAUAACAUAGUUUCUAUGGACCAAGAAACUUGUAUAAGCUUUAGUGAAGGUACAGUUUCACCAUACCUUUUUUGUAUUAUACAUAUAGUACACUUUUGUUACCAAAUAGUUUAUAUUUUCUUCCUAUGAGCAAUGGGCUCUGAAGUAUCAAGGUUCCAGGCCUUACCUUGCUGUAUAUUCUCAACACCCUACUAUAUGAGUAAAGACCUAUAUUUUGGUCACUGGCUGGAACUGUCCUAAUUUUUUUAAAAAAAACUUGAGUCGUGUGACUUAUCUAUUGAAGGUGUUUUGAGAGGAGAACCUCAUUUUUGUGAUUAUCUAUCAGUUUAUGUACCGUACUUCUAGGAUGUCACAAUAUGAAAGCUUCACGACAUGGAACGAAAAUCACAAUUACCAGUAUCGUAAUAUUAGCAUGAGAGUUACAGAACAAACCAGAAUUUAGUCAUGCUUCAUAAACAUGGUCUGUUACAAACGGAGGCAUCUGAUAUCUAAAUGUGUGGUUUAUUUAAAGUUCUACAAAAGGCAAACUAGAAAACCAUAACGAAGCUUAGGUCAACUCUGACCAAUUGGAAGUUCAUUUUAUUCCACAAUUAUUUUGGGUAGAAUUGAUGCAUUUUCAAACUUUCAUCUGAAUAUUGGGCAGUCUCUUAAAUUCCAGUUUGCCACUAUAAAGAGUUAGUGUAUUCUCCUGGGUUGUUGCAUAUUGAUAAAUGUUAUGAAAAAUGUCCAUGUACUUAAUUUUGUGUCUGUUGAGUUACUGUGUUUUUAUGUUUUAUACUUCUAUCUAGAAGCGGCUUGAGAAUUGCUCUUGUGGUCCUUCUUGUUGAACAUUGUAAACUUCUGUCCAGUAAGAGUCUAUAGUAACAGUGGGCAGAACUUUGUUUGAAACUAAGGGGACCUAAUUCAUUGUCCAUUCUCUGGCUCUCUCUAAUUAGUAGUUUUAAAUCACAUAAAACUAAUUAUUGACAAAUAUGACACUAUUGGUAAACAUCUGUAUGUGCCUUUAUAACAUUUAGCAUUCUGUAACCAUUCAGUCGACUCUGAUGACCAUUUUAUUACAUGUUAUACUCUUUAAUUAACUUGCAGUACAUUUAUAAGAAUUCCGAAAGGUUCACUUUCCUUUUUGAUUUCUCAGGAUUACCAUGUUGCCAGAUAAUAGCUGCAUUUAUUACGAUAUGUUAAUCAAAAUUGUGAUCAUCUUUCAUAUCCUGAUAUUAAUGCGUUGUAAUAUUGGAACAUCCCUAUGUACUUCAGAAAAGAAAAUAUCAAAAGCUUUAAGUGACUUCUGCCCUGUCUGCAUUGCAUACAUCAGAACAGACAUGUUAAAUAUAGCUUUAUUUUUUCAAUCAUUUUCAAUAAAAACAGUAUUUAGUAGUUACUGAUAUGACUAAAAACGGAAGGUUUCUGGAUGCACUAACAUCUGAUAAAUGAGGUUCAGCUAUUAACUGAAUUUGGGAGUGUGGCCAUAAAGUAUUGAGUUUAUUGUGUUAUUUUUCACACAAAGCACUGCUUUUAUAUGUGGAAACGUAUUCCCAGCAUUUUAUAUUUACAGUACUUCCACCUACAUAUACUUUGUUUCUUUUUGACAUUUUGAUUGCUACAGUGAUUUAUUUUUUGAAAGUGAUAAAUGGUGUGUAUGCCCUUUAAAGUGUAAUUUGUUCUUUGGAAAUGGUGCCUAACAGACUGAAUGCCACAUAUCAUUGGUUACACCUAAUAGCUGGCAAAGCUACUGGUAUUAUUUAUUUUGUAAAAAGAAUUUGAUUUCAGUAUUUGUGUACUUCACAGGUCAUGAUAUUUGCCUUUUUUCAAAAAUCUAAGGUUGAAACUUCAAAGAAACACAGAAGAUCUUUUAAUCAAUGAACAGGAGCCCUAUUUUGAAAGUUGUUCUUCACUUAGAUUUGAAUUAAUGGGGUUUUGAAAAAAAUAUUUCCAUAGACAUUACAGUAUUAGCAUCUUAAUGGGAACACCACUCAAACAAGCAAACCAUUCCCUCUAAGAAUUAAAAGAGUG